AUGUGGUUCGUGAUCGGCCAGUAUGUGACGGUGCACGGCGACGUCAUCAGUCACGUGAAUAUCAGCCAGGUGCAGGUGGAGGACGGCGGCGAGUACACAUGCACGGCAGAGAACCGCGCUGGCAAGACCUCUCAUUCCGCCAGACUCAACGUCUAUGGUCUGCCCUAUAUUCGUCUGAUCCCAAAGGUGACGGCAGUGGCCGGUGAGACCCUGAGGCUAAAGUGCCCCGUCGCAGGAUACCCCAUCGAAGAGAUUCGCUGGGAACGAAGCGGCCGCGAGCUUCCGGACGACCUGAGACAACGAGUAACGGCGGACGGCACGCUGGAAGUGUCGCCCGUGCAAAAGGCGGACGACGCGGGCGUGUACACGUGCUGGGCGCGCAACAAGCAGGGCCACGUGGCCAGGCGCUCGGGGGAGGUCGCUGUCAUAGUUCCUCCCAAACUUAGCCCAUUUACCUCUGACAGAACGCAGCACGUGGGCGAGCGGGCCAGCUUGACGUGCUCUGUGACGCGCGGAGACCUCCCGUUGACCAUCAGCUGGUUCAAGGACGGCCGCUCGGCGGACUCCAUGCCGCGGGUCUCCGUGACCCGCGUCGAUCAGUUCAAUAGUAUUCUCUUGAUCGAAAGUUUGUCUCCAGAUCACAACGGCAACUAUUCUUGUGUGGCGCGCAACCAGGCGGCCGAGGUAUCUCGCACGCAGCAGCUCAUGGUCAAUGUUCCUCCUAUAAUUGAGCCUUUUUCCUUCCAAGACGGGCUUUCCGAGGGCAUGCGUACCCGCACAGUGUGUGGCGUGAGCCGGGGGGACUCCCCGCUCUCCAUCACGUGGCUCAAAGAUGGCGGCACGCUCUCCUCUCAGCUGGGAGUGAACGUGUCAGCCCUUGAUCUUUAUUCUAGCCUCCUCAGCAUUUCUAGCCUCUCUUCCACACACUCUGGCGAUUACACGUGCGUAGCCUCCAACCCGGCAGCCGAGGUUAGGUACACGGCCAAGCUACAGGUCAAAGUGCCACCUCGCUGGACUGUGGAGCCCUCGGACGCCAGCGUGGAGCGCAACCGCCACGUAACGCUGCACUGCCAGGCCCAGGGGGUGCCGCAACCCACCGUCAUCUGGAAGAAAGCAACAGGCAGUAAGUCGGGAGAAUACGAAGAGAUACGGGAGAAACCUUACGUCAAACUGUUAAACAACGGCUCUCUGCUGCUGCAGAACGUGAAGGAGGACAAGGAGGGCUUCUACUUGUGCCAGGCCACCAACGGCAUUGGCACUGGCAUCGGAAAAGUCAUACAAGUCAAAGUCAAUUCUUCGCCAUAUUUUUCGGCGCCAGCUAGCGUGGUGACGGUGAAAAAGGGGGACACGGCAGUUCUGCACUGCAACGUCAACGGAGAUAAACCCAUCAACGUGGCGUGGCUGCGUGGCGGCAAGCUCAAGCUUACCCCUGCGACCAACUACAGGGUAUCAGUGAAACAAGACCCAACUCCUGAUGGGGUGACAGCAGAACUACAAAUAGCAGCAGCUGAAGCUAGUGACAGUGGAGCAUACUUUUGUCAAGCCAGCAACCAAUACGGCAGUGACAAGCAGCUGGUUCAGCUUCUUGUGCAAGAGCCACCUCGCAGCCCAAGCAAUCUCGAGUCGGUGAUGAUCAGCAGCCGAUCAGUGAGUAUCAAGUGGCAACAUCAGACAUCAGAUGCUGCUGAGGUGACGAAGUAUAUAGUCCAAUACAAGGAAGGUGAAGGAAUUUGGCAACAGCUGGAGAAGACUGAAUCACCCUUGCAACUGUUGGCAACAAUUGAAGACCUGAAGCCAGCCACCCGUUACACAUUCCGUGUGCUGGCAGAGGGUCCGGCAGGGCAGAGUGUGCCUAGUGCAGAGCUGUCCGUGCGUACGGAACCCCAGAGACCAGCAGGCCCACCUCUGAAUGUGUCCCUGAGGCCAGUGUCCUCCACAGAAUUGCUUGUCACGUGGGCACCCCCACUGGCCGAGUUGCAGCAUGGUGACAUUCAAGGCUACAAUGUGGGAUAUCGUGAAACUAGCUCUGGCACAGGGAAUUAUAACUUCAGUUCUGUGGUUGGUGAUGGAGAGGAAGGAGGUGGUGAACUGCUGCUAGGGGGCCUUAGCAAAUUCACUCGCUACUCUGUAGUUGUUCAAGCUUUCAACCAAGUUGGUUCAGGACCCCUUUCUGAGCCUGUCACAGCACAGACUAUGGAGGAUGUUCCAAGUAUGCCACCUGAGGAUGUGCGCUGUGUUGGUUUGUCUUCCCAUUCUGUACAAGUGAGCUGGCAGCCACCACCCACAUCACACAGCAAUGGUGUUCUGCAAGGCUACAAGCUGCACUAUGAACCUCUUCUUGAUGAUCUUUGGCAUGCCUCUGACACAAUGGAGACAAAGAAAACAACAGCUCUCACUGCAGUUCUUACUGGUCUAAGAAAAUUCACAAAUUAUAGUGUUCAGGUGCUUGCGUACACAAGAGUUGGUGAUGGAGUGAUUACACAUCCUAUUUACUGCAGUACAGAAGAGGAUGCUCCAGGUGCACCUGCUGACAUUAAAGUUGUAGUAAAGUCACCACAAUCCUUGUUGGUAUCAUGGUUACCUCCAACAGAGCCUAAUGGCAUCAUAACACAUUACAAUCUGUACACAAGAGUUGUGGAUGGCCGUGAAGAACUGAAACACAACAAACGUAACUUGGCAAGUCAUCAGACAAGUUUUGAAGCAACUGAUCUACUGCAGCAUGUGGAACAUCAGUUUUAUGUCACAGCUUCUACAAAAGUUGGUGAAGGGCAGAGUUCACGUGUUGUGACACAGGUUCCUACAAAUAGAGUCCCAGCACGUAUUUCAUCAUUUGGUGGAGUUGUUGUGAGACCAUGGCAUAGCACUGUCACGAUGCCUUGUCUGUGUGUGGGGCAACCACAGCCUCGCCGACGGUGGUAUCGUAGUGGACAUCUCCUCACAGGUGGCCCUGGAAUCACACUUCGGGAGUCUGGAGAGCUAGUAAUCAACCAACUUGCUCCAUCUCAUGCUGGGAACUACAGCUGCCAGGUGGAAAAUACUCAGGGCUCUGACCGCAUACAGUUCACACUCGUAGUGCAAGUUCCACCUGCUGCUCCUGUGUUGUAUGUGACAAGUACAACAAGUAGCAGUAUACUGUUGCAGUGGAAAGUUGGUGACACUGGUGGUGCCCCCAUCACAGGAUUCAGUUUGAGCUAUAGGAGAUCUCAUGGUGAUACAGAGGAAGUAUCACUACCUCGUCAUACCUCAACUUAUGAACUCAAGGGACUGCUGUGUGGUAGCACUUACCACUUAUCACUGACAGCUCAUAAUCGCAUUGACAGCUCUCCUAGCAGCCCAACAUUAUCUGUCCGCACACAAGGGCAGGCACCAGGUGUACCACACCAGGCAAUGCUGAUAACACCCAACUCCACAUCUGUGUUGUUGCGGCUACAUGUCUGGCCUGACAAUGGCUGUCCACUGACAUAUUUUGUACUGCAGUAUCGGCCAAAUGGGGCGCAACACUGGACACUUGUAUCAAAUGCCUUGAAGCCUCAACGCAGAUUCACUGUUUCUGGCCUAAAUCCAGCUUCUAUCUAUCAGCUAAAGAUAGAAGCACAUAACAUAGCAGGAUCUUCAACUGCUGAAUACACAUUUGCUACUCUUACAAAGGAUGGUGAAUUACCACCAUUGGAGUUAAUGAAUGGAGGAAGUCCAUCAUCCCCUUUUUAUGCAGACAUUAGAAUAAUAAUUCCACUUGUUGUGGCCUUUGUAGCAGUAGUGGGAGCUGGCACUGCUGCUGCUCUUUGCUGGAGAAACAGGGCAACCGUUUUAGAGCAAAACCGGCCACUGAAAGAGACCCUGGACAAUCAGCAGAAUGCCGAAGCUCAGAGGGAAAGAUAUUAUGCCACAAUCCACAAGGUAGCUUUGCAAGCUAGUGGUGAUAAAAUACCAGAAACAUCAGAGGACAUAUCACCAUACGCAACAUUCCAGCUAUCAGGUCCUGGUGUAGACCCAAACAACACUCUUCUGCACAGUUUUAUGUAUCACGAACAAGCAAUGACUGAAGGGUGUGCAUCACCACCACCACAUGCAGUAAUAAAAACUGCAACAAGGAGAAGAGGAAGUAGGAAAACUGAGGUGGAUUCUGAUGAAUCAGAUUCAGACCCUGAUCAGUUGACAUCUAGUCGAACAGAGUCUUCCAAUCAGCUUGAUGCAGCAAAGAUAAAACACAAUUUCAUAUACCAUGGUGCACAUUCUAGUACAUCUUCUGAUAUAUCUCCCAUGUCAGAACAGAAAUCACUGCCAAGGAGAGGGAGAGCGAGAUGGCUUGCCCCCAGCAAAGCAUCGCUCAGGACGCUGCUGCCGCCACUGUCAGUUGCUGAGGCAUCUUUUACUGUGAGGGAUCCGAGGGAGAGGGAGACUCCGGACCGGCCUGAACUCAGUGAAGCAGAGUGCGAUAUUGACACGCUGAAGAAACUCAAACUGGGCCUGCGGUCUUCCCUGUGGUCUCGUCCCAGUGGUAGUGCAACAACCACUCAUCACAACCAGUCUGAUUACUCGAUUGCUGUAUAACAGCGAAUGGAAAUGAGAGAACAUUUUAUAUUCUGUGUUGUACAUAUGCAUAUGAACACCAUGACAUGUAAUAUAUUUUCAUGUUUUGAAAGAUUUGGGUACUUGUUAUCCAGUAUUAUUGUUAGAAAAUAUUUCUGGUUAAUGACUGAUAUAAUUUUAUACUCUUGUAAUGUUAACUGGUGCAAUUUUAUAUUUACACAUGGAAAUGUAUAAGAUUUAUGUGAGAACUGAACUGUCUUUGGCUCAGUAAGCUUGUGGUAUGGUUUGAGUUCAAAACCCUGUUUUCAUUAUGUAGCAUUAUAUAUCUUUGUUGUGGCUAGCAGCUCACAGCAAACCCGCAGAUUGUUCUCUCAGAGAGAAUGAGAGUUUGUAAUUGAACUGUAUGGAAUUACUAGGUUUAUACCUGAAUCUCCUCCCCCAACCCAAUGCCC